AUGGCUGGUAAUAACAACCACAUGCAAGGGUACAUCAAUAAGGUGAUUGCAAACAAUUCCGAACAACAUGGUGUACCUUCGGACGAAAAUCGAUAUCAUAUGGUGCCUAUGCGAGUGGCCGAUGUUGAUGAUGGUCAUGGAAGUACGGGUGCUCUUUGCCUGAUCGGAUUUUGGAAUGGUCAAGCAAUCUACAGAACUACUCAUACAGUAGCUCAUCACAUGGAAGGCAAUCAGCUUGGUGAAUAUGAAAUACACUGGUCGCCAGUAUUUUCCGGCGUCCGGUUCACAUCGGUCAUAUCACCUCCAACGGCUGAUAACGAUGAUGACCUUGAUGGCAUAGAAGAACAGGACGAAUACGACGACGACGAUGAUGAUGACUGCUAUCACGUAUACGGCUAUGAAGAUGACGAAGAUAAUGAUAUUGAUGAGCAAUUUGACUUAAUUGAUCUUCUCGAAGAACAAGAAGAAAUUGAAUCAACAUUAUUCUACCUCAAUUCAGUAGAUCUUGAAUGGGGCACUGUAGAUGCUGAUGAUCAUCAUUAG